ACCCUCCCCCAUCCCCGAUCAGCGUCCUUUCUCCCCUUCACCAACCACGCAUCUUACUGCCCAUCUUCCCUAUUUACCCCUUUGCUUAUAGCAAACCACCGCAGCCAUGGAGCGGGAACUCGACUCCAAGCAUCAGCAUGAUGAGGAGACCCAGAAGAACAACUCCAUCUACGCCGAAAAGGCCGAGAUUCAGGAUUACAAGGCCGACGCCAUCGAGGCCGAGAAUAUCGAGCACAACCAGACCGUGCUGCAGGCCGUGCGUGCCUACCCAUGGGCUACCUUCUGGGCUGUCGUCUUCUCCUGCACCAUCAUCAUGGAGUCCUACGAUGUCUUCCUCAUCGGUAACUUCCUCGGCCAACCGGCGUUUGUGCACAAAUACGGUGUCCCCUUCACUGGCAAGGGCAAUGUCGACGGCAAGGUCGUCGUGGCCAAGUGGCAGUCUUCGCUGCAGGUGUCUGGCCAGCUCGGUGCUCUUAUCGGCGUCAUGAUCGCUGGCCCCAUCACCAACGCAAUCGGUUACCGCUGGACUUUCAUUGGGGGUCUGAUGGCCUUGAACGGCUUCAUCUUCAUCUUCUACUUCUCCAAUUCGCUUCCCUUCGUCUUCGCCGCUCAGAUCAUCGAGGGUCUCCCCUGGGGUCUCUUCAUCGCCAACGCCCCGGCCUACUGCAGUGAAAUCGUGCCCAUCAAGCUCCGAGCCCCGGCGACGCAGAUGUUGCAAAUGUUCUGGGCCAUUGGCAGCAUCAUCGUCGGUGGCGUCACCUACGUGUACCGCAACGGGCAAGACGAGCGCAACUACAAGAUCCCGAUUGCCCUUCAAUGGAUGUUCCCCACUCCCCUCGCCAUCCUCAUUUUCUUGGCACCCGAAUCCCCCUGGUGGUUGGUUCGAAAGGGCAAAUUGGACCAAGCAGCAAAGUCAAUCGGACGUCUCGGACGCAAGUCGCAGGUGAACAUCCCCGAGACCGUGGCCAUGAUGCGUCGUGUCGUCGAGCUCGAGAAGUCGGACAAGGCACCCAGCCAUCUUGAGUUGUUCAAGGGCACGAACCUCUACCGUACCCUGAUUGUUUCGGGUGUCUACGCGGCACAAAAUCUGACGGGCAACCUCAUCGCCAAUCAAGCCGUUUACUUCUUCGAACAGGCUGGCAUCAGCUCCAACGAAGCUUUCGCCCUGGGUCUCAUCACCUCCGCCCUCCAGUGGGUCAUGGUCAUGUGCUCGUGGGUCCUCACCAGCUACUUCGGUCGCCGUCCUAUCUACCUCUGGGGCUCGGCCGUCAACUGCUUCCUUCUGAUCAUGCUCGGUGUUGCGGCUUCGGUUGGCGGCGGCAAGGCAGCUUCUCUGGCGCAGGCUUCCCUGGGUCUCAUCGUCUCCGUCCUUUUCACCCUUGGCGCUGCCCCGGUCUCCUACGCCCUGAUCGGAGAAACCUCCUCCAUCCGCCUCAGGCCUUUGACCACCGGUUUCGGCCGUGCCAUCUACUACAUCGUCGAAUUCCCUUGCAUCUUCCUUGCGUCCUACAUGCUCAACCCCCAGCAGGGCGAUCUCGGCGGCAAGUGCGGUUACGUCUGGGGUGCCACCGCCCUCAUCUGUACCGUCGUCGCCUUCCUCUACCUGCCCGAGUUCAAGGGCCGCUCGUACCGUGAGAUGGACAUCAUGUUCAACCGCCGCGUGCCCGCGCGCAAGUGGAAGAAGUACGUCGUCGACAUCAACGACGACGAGUAAGCGUCGCGCGCCGAUUUCGACCUGCGUGGCGCUCUCUACGGCACGAUUUAAUCGAUCGGACCGUGUACGCCAACGCGAAAGGAAUUUCAGGGGGAUUUGUAUAUUUGGAUGAGAGCACACGGAGGAGUGGAACGCUUUGUUGUUGGACACGGGUUGCAGAAUGAUUUUGUUGUUUCCGAUGCCAGUAAGAUGGUCGAGCAACUCCGAGCAAUUGCGAUUGUAGGACGUCAAACCAUAGCAAUACAUGCCACUUCCU